GGGGAAGCUGGUGACAUAGACACUGUCCAAUAGUGUAGGUCACAUGGCGAAAACAAAGGCUCAGGAAAAGCAAAAACAUGGGAAGAAGAAAGCUGAUGCCCCAGAACCUCGACGUCCAGCACUUCGCGUCACCGGCAAGCAAAAGCAGUCGCCGAACAAUACGGCUGAGUUUGUCUACCGCACCCCGUCUGACAAGGGCACUUCUAGUGGCGGCGCUUCAACACUGGAGAGGUCCAAAAAGAAGGAUGACUUGUUGUCGCUUGUGCAGGAGAAGGACAAGAAGCAACCCAAGAAACAAGAGAGACAACGAGGUAGGUCACCUACCAAGAAGAGUCCACAGGUCAAAGGUGCCCAGAGGAAAGCGCAGAAGCGGCGCGUGGCAAAGAAGUUGAAGUUCGACGAUUGUGAUGGUGAACCUGAGUUGAAACAGAAGAAGAAGAGAGAGUCACAAGAAGAUGAAAGUGCGCGAAAGAAGAGCAGGCGCGCCAAGACAAGCGCAGACCAGGAAGAAGAGAAGGAAGAGAAGAAAGAGAAGAAGACAGCAGGGAAGCUUGCAAAGAAAGAGGCAGAGGAGGAGGCACAAAAGAAGGCAGAGGCAGAUGCAAAGAAGAAGGCAGACAAAGAUGCAGAGAAGCACAAAGAUGCAGAGAAGCGCGCAAAGAAGAAGGCAGAGGAAGAGGCAGAGAAGGAAGCAAAGAAGAAGGCAGAUGCAAAGGCAAAGAAGAAGACAGAGAAGGCAAAGGAGACGGCAGAGAAGGCAAAGGAGGAGGUCGCAAAGGAAGGCGAUGAUACAGAGACAGAAACGGAGUUUGAAGAUCUUGAAGAGGAAGGUGAUGGUUCGUCUUCAAGUGAAGAUUCAGAUGAGGGCGAAGAAAGUGAGGAAGAAGAUGAAGAGGGAUCACAAGAGGAUGAGGAGGAAGAGGGGGAUGACAAAGAAGAGGAGACCGCAGACCCCGGCAACAUCAUCAAAGAAGGUUCCAACGCAGCGGAAGAUUGUCAAGGUGUGUCGCACAAAAAAGACUGGGACACCUUCAGUCGCCAGUGCGAGAAUCGCAAGAAGUUCCCUGUCAGCCUGACUUCACACCUGCAGCGCGACAAAACAGACCUCUUCAACAUCUGGCUCGAAAGCGGGAAGAACUUGGAGCAGGUAGCGCUGGUGGUUGAAAGGCGAGUGGAGGGCAUCAAUCGCUUUCGCUCAGGGCGAGAGGGGAUUAAGGCAAGGGACAUUUUCAAGAAGUAUCCCAAGGACAAAGCGGAGAAACUGAUCUCUUUACCCAAGCAAAAGAAGAUGUGGUACUGGGACGAAGACUUCCCGGGGGACGACGAGGAGAUCUACUAUUAUUGCGGGCGUGCUAAGCGCAUCGAACAUGAAGAUAUCACCGCGGAGCAAAUGAAGUUGGUGGGGAAGACCAACCCGGAUCACGCUACCCUUACUGCCCUGACUGACGAGAACGGCCCUCUCCAUCAGGGCGCACUUCCUGGUGUAGACGCUGCCGACGCCGAUGGUGAGAAGUCCUUGUGGGAGACAGUGGCUAAGGCAAACGUGACCAGUGCCAAGCCUCCCAAAAGAAAAAAGGAAGAAGAAGCCAAAGAAGUUAAGCCAAAGACUUUCAAGGAGUUGGCGGCUGAAAUCAUGGCGGAGACCUUGACAAAGUCUGCUGAUGGGAGGAAGAUGGCGCUUUCCCUCAAGCACGUGGAUUAUGGGGGUGAGCUCAAUGCCCAGCUGAUGACCUUUUCGAGCAAGACUGAAUCCCUGUACCAUGACCUUCAAGAGCUCAUGAACCAAAAGGUUCUGAGCGAACCCAAGAUCAAGGGCUUGCUCGGUCAGUGCAAGGAACAGCUCAAUUGGUAUGAGAAGGCUAAGGUGCAAGAUUCCCAAACAGUUCUAUUCAUGUUGUUUAAGACUCUAUAG